UCAUGUAUCAACCUGAAAAUCUUCAACAUGGCUAAAUGAAGAAAAAUCUCAAAGUAUUCGAGAGAAAAAUGGUCUGAUCUGACUUUAUUUAUUCUACGAAACUCAUAUUAAAGUUCUACAAAGUUUAUCUUCAAAGGGGAAAAAUAAUUUAAGGUUGUUCCUCAGGGAUCUUCUCUUGGGCCUCAUGAAGACCAACAACGUUUUCUUCGUUUUUUUGUUAUCUUCCUUUUUUAUUUACUCUGAAGCAGUUGAGGUGUACAAAGUUGGUACCAAUGGAAAGCCUUCAUGGAGAGAAACGUCAGAAAUGAGAGACAGAUCAAAUGUACCAACACCCUCGCAAAAAGAUGUCGACGAUUACAGAAGGCGAUCGAGAAUUCCUGUUCCUGUUGUUACGAACUACAGAUCAAGAUCAAGCGAUAUUCCAAAGCCUUCUCGAGAAGAUGUUUUAGCAGACUACUACAGAAGAUCUAAAAUACCUAUUCCAAUCAAUUCAAAGUUUAGGAAAAGAUUUCAAGUUCCAGUCUCUCAGCUAGAAAGAACGAAGAGCGGAACACAUUUUAAAACUCAAUCUCGAAGAGCUGCAAAUAGGCAUUCUUCACUCCUUCAAAAGAAGAAUAUUAUAGAUAGCAUAUUUUUUACUAUUCCUUUUGGGGCCCAGUUCCCGAUUUACUUUGCAUCCAAAUCUAAAAAAGGCGCCAGUAAGAAAAGUAACGUAGCAUCACCAGUGCAGCGGAGUCGAGCUCCGAACAGAUUACAGACGUGGCGUCUUCCUAUCAACUACCAAGUAAUGAAUAAUAAACGUUAUUUCACACCAUUCGUGGAAAAUCAAGCGAUAGCAAGACAGCAUAUAAUCCCCGCGGGGGCAUUAGCAUAUAACAGGGGAUAUAGCAGACCUCGAUCAUUUACAUAUCCGCGGUUGCUUAGCAACAGGAACCUAGUACCUUAUUCAAGUUAUAGAAAUCAAGCCAGUACAGUUCCAAGACAAUUGCAAACUUUUUUAAACAGAAGAGUACGAAGAGGUAUUGGUUUAAAAAGAUCCAAGUUAUCUAAAGGUUGGUAUCACUGUGAACAACAACAACAAAACAACAAGGACAACGACAACGACAAUGAAUGCAAAGACAUUAUUCAACAAGAACAAACACAAACAGCCGCAGCAGCAGCAGCAACGACAACAACAAAGCUAAAACAUACAGAAAUCAAAAGCCUUAACUAA